AUGAAUUGCUAUGAGACGCAGGAAAUGUCACAGCAGCAAAUCCAAGCCCCGCCAGGAUCCGGUCAUUUGGCCGUAUUCCAAAGAUCUGAGCGAGCGCUGGAAACAGCCGGUGAUGCAUUUUCGCUGGAUAGUAGCCAGAUAAACUUCACCCAAAACACCGCUAAAUUGAGCAGUAUGGGCACUCCUUGCGCAUAUUCCAUACUGAAAGAAAACCAAAUUCGUCCCAACUUCAGUGAACAAUCGUUAUUGCCCUCGAGUGCCUGGCAGAGCCCACGCGUUUUCACGUCUCCAAGUGACGCCAAUUUACAGUUUGACGCCAACGCUACCACGUGGGUCUCCGGCGGUUCGAUAUACGAACAGUCUUCCCUAUUGAUUGCAGACUGUGCAUCACCUUCUUUGCCAGUUCAAGCCAUAGGUCCAAACCAGCCAUCCUUACUCAUCAAGCCGCAUACAUCUCUCACGGCAGCACCUUACAACGUUGCAACGUACCCAAUUGUAUCAUCUGGCCCGCAAAGCCAGAUGAUCUUCUUCGUUUCCCAACCUGAGCCGUAUACUCAAGAGUAUCAUUCUGCCUACGGGACGACAACUGUGGGACUAUAUACAAAUCAUGAGUGA